ACCAUUGUUUUUGGUGGUUCAACAUGGCAGUAAUGGCAAAGGUUGUUGUGUUGAUUCUGAUUGCUACUUUCAGUAAUGUUUUCGGUCUUCCAAAGAGGGAUGUCACGGAAGUAGGUGCCCAUGAGGUUGAUGUUUCAACAACACCAAAUCCCAACAACCACACCCAAACUGAAGCUCAGGAUGGAGCAAGUGAAGAUGAUGUGGUAACUGCAACCCCAAGUCUCCAAAAUCAAACAGCUGCUGCCCAAACUGGAGAGGCUGAUGGAGCAAGUGAAGAUGAUGUGGUAACUGCAACCCCAAGUCUCCAAAAUCAAACAGCUGCUGCCCAAACUGGAGAGGCUGAUGGAGCAAGUGAAGAUGAUGUGGUAACUGCAACCCCAAGUCUCCAAAACCAGACAACAGCUGCUGCCCAAACUGGAGAGGCUGAUGGAGCAAGUGAAGAUGAUGUGGUAACUGCAACCCCAAGUCUCCAAAACCAGACAACAGCUGCUGCCCAAACUGGAGAGGCUGAUGGGGCAAGUGAAGAUGAUGUGGUAACUGCAACCCCAAGUCUCCAAAAUCAAACAGCUGCUGCCCAAACUGGAGAUGCUGAUGGAGCAAGUGAAGAUGAUGUGGUAACUGCAACCCCAAGUCUCCAAAAUCAAACAGCUGCUGCCCAAACUGGAGAUGCUGAUGGGGCGAGUGACGAUGAUGUGGUAACUGCAACUUCAAGUCCCCAAAACCAGACAACUUCAUCAGGUGGAAUAACUGAUGGUGCGAGUGAGGAUGCUGGUGUGUUAACCACCGUACUGAAUCUGCAAAAUGGGACUACCUCUGCCCAAGUUGGAACCACCAUCACUGACUCCCGUGAUGACUCCUGAAGUGGCCGCUCAGAAUACUCAUGCUAAAUGGAACUCCCUUUCAUCUGGAUCAUUUUCUGCACUUGGGCUUUCUCCAUUUUGAAUUCAAUAAAGGCCUGAUCUUAUCUAA